UCUGGUUUCUCUUCUCUCACCCCCCUCGCGACUUUUCUUCUCGACGAGAUCUCGCGAUUCCUAACGACUCGAACAAGCGCACUACACACACCAGCCAGCGAGAUAGCGAACCCUAGGAACGCAGUGGCCAUCUUUGGAGCGCCCAUGACGCUGGAUCAGAACCAGGCCACGCCGAUGCAGCCCCCGGCCCUGCAGCCCGGAAGAACAUAUGGAGCAGAGGGCAAUACUGUGGUGCAUGGUUCCAUCAGAACAAUAGCAGGAGGCCGUGCUCUUGCCUCGAAUGAGUACCAGAUUUUGGUACAGCAGAAACCCCAGGGAGAUGCGCCACUGCUGGCCUUGGGCAGGAAGAAGCGACCUCGCAGGUCACGCGAUGGGCCUACGUCAGUGGCAGCUGUCAUCCAGCAGUGGGCUGAGCACAACAAGCAGUUGGAGUAUGCUCCUGAGGGGUCAAAACGACCAAGAAAAGCACCUGCAAAGGGUUCGAAGAAGGGCUGUAUGAGGGGAAAAGGAGGGCCUGACAAUACACAGUGUGGGUAUCGUGGAGUGAGGCAGCGUACUUGGGGGAAGUGGGUUGCUGAAAUAAGAGAGCCAAAUCGCGUCAACAGACUCUGGCUGGGUACCUUCCCAACUGCGGAGGAUGCAGCUAGGGCCUAUGAUGAGGCAGCCAGAGCAAUGUAUGGAGACCUGGCACGUACUAACUUCCCCAGACCGCAUGCAGCAACCUAUGCCCAGGCUGCUCUAGUAUCGACCUCUUCCCAGGCUGCUCCAAUGGCUGUUGGAGCUCUUUGGCCUGGUACAUCAUGCGAGUCGACAACAACAUCAAACCACUCUGAUAUCGCAUCCACCUCACACAAGCCUGAAGCCUCCGACAGUUCGAGCUCCCUAAAGGCAGAAUGGCCAGAAGCUUUGGAGGCUGGAUCAAGCUGUAUCCAAGCUGGCACACCCAGUGUAGCUGACAAGGUCUUUGGGACGCUGGAACCCAUCACAAAACUUCCAGAUGGUGGUGUCACAAAUCUUCCAGAUGGUGGUGUCAUAAAUCUUCCAGAUGGUGGUGAUGAUUGUUUUGAUAUUGGUGAGAUGCUGAGUAUGAUGGAAGCUGAUCCACAUAAUGAAGGUGGAGCUGACGUUGGCAUGGGGCAGCCCUGGUGUCUUGAUGGGCUGGAUUCGAGUGUCCUGGAGAGCAUGCUCCAGUCAGAGCCAGAGCCAUUCCUGAUGUCCGAAGAACAGGAGAUGUUUCUUGCUGGCUUCGAAAGCCCAUCAAGUUUCUUCGAGGAUCUGGAGCGGCUAAAAUGAUUUUUUGAUGUUUGGCCGUUGAUCCUCAUUUCACUUCAUGGCUGAGCUUGUGAAGAAGUGGAAGGCAAACACUGCCAGAACUGAUAAGAGGCUUGCUCUAGCUAUUCUAGGCUUUAUUCCUCUGUAAUAGUUCUCUUAGGCAUGAAAACUCGGUUUGCUUCACAAUUUGAGAGAACCACAUGUUAUGUAAGACCAGAAGUGUUGAUGCCACUUUGUGGAAGGACAAUAAAGAAAAAGGGCAUUUGCUUUUCGUUUUUUA